UUAAGUUACCGACAUUGCGUUCCCGUUCGAAAGGCGCUCGUGCCCUUCUCUCCUCCUCUCGUCUCGUAGAAAAAAUUAGGGUUUCGUGGUCCAAACUCUUGAGUCCCCGAGAGGAGAGAAUAAUUCUUCAUCGGAAUUCCAAUGGCGAUCUACCAGAUCUUCGUCAAGCUCCUCGACGGCAGGACCCAAUGUCUCCAAAUCUCGUCCCCGAUCGUGUCCGGUGAAACCCUAAAACGCGAUCUCUUCGCCAGAACAAAGAUUCCUCACCGAUUCCAGCGCCUCGUCGCCGGAUCCAGAGAAGUAUCAGACGAAACCCUAAUCUCGGCCUCGCCGGACGGCGUCUUUCCUUCUUGCAGCCUCCUCCUUCGUCUUCGCGGCGGGAAGGGAGGGUUCGGGUCGCUCCUCCGUGGGGCGGCAACGAAGGCCGGACAGAAGAAGACGAACAACUUCGACGCUUGUAGGGAUAUGAGCGGCCGCCGGCUCCGCCACGUGAACGCAGAGAAGAAGCUGGAGGAGUGGAAAGCAGAGGCCGAGGAGAGGAAGUUGGAGAAGCUUGCGGAGGAUUUCUUGAAGAAGAAGGCGAAGGAGGUCAAGAAGAAUUCGACCGUGGCGGUGGAGAAGUACUUGGAGAAGUAUAGAGAGGACACAGAGAAGUGCAUGGAGGAGGUGGAGGAGUCGGUCCGGCAAUCCUUCGGCUUGUACAAGGAAUCAAAGCGCAAGAUUUUGCCGACAUCUGAUCCAUCGAACAAGCGCCUCAAGAUUUGGUUGGGGAAGCAGACGGUGGAUGAAAGUGAUAGUGAUGAUGAUGAGGAAGAUGAUGAAGAUGGAGGCAGUGACUUCGGGGAUGAGAAAUCUGUAGUGCUGGAUGAUGGAAAUGCAAAUUGCUCGAGACCUAAUAAAGUAGAGGAGGGAACGUUGGCUUCCGGUUCUAAUUCGGAUGGAGAAUCAUCAGGAGGAGGUUCUGCCCAGAGCAACUUGGAGGAAGUGAAUGGAAACUCCGAUCUGGAAUCUCCAGUGGUGGAACCUGGCUCUGGAAGUGGAAAUAGUAAUUCAGAAUCUGAAGAUACUGUGGAUAAUGAAAUGGGAGUUCCAGAAGAAACUGCUGCUCAGAAUAAUAGUGUGGGAUCUACUUUACACGAGGUUCAGAAUGGUGUGAUUUCUAGUUCAGAAGGGGUUCCUGAGUCGGUUGAGUUUAAAGUAGAAGCGGAGAAGCCUGUGGAAGCUAAAACUGUUGAUCAGAGCACUGGUGUUAAUUUGGAAGAGCCAUUGAAUUUUGACAGGUACAAUUCAGCUGCAGAAUUGGAGGUUCUUGGCAUGGAAAGGCUUAAAUCAGAGCUGCUGGCACAUGGAUUGAAAUGCGGUGGUACAUUGCAGGAGCGUGCUUCAAGGCUUUUCCUGCUAAAAACAACUCCCCUGGAUAAGUUGCCCAAGAAGGUGCUUGCGAAGCCUGUGGGUGGAGGAAAAUAAAUGUCAAGCUUUUACUGCUAUGCUGUAUGGUUUGAUAGACAAACUUAAUGCCUUCUGGACAAGCAAGGUUCUAAUGGAAUCAGUACUGUGUACUUAAAAAUAACUGACUAGGCUAAAUGAUGUUUGUAAGAUGCUUGAGGACAAGCUUGUAUUAUUUUUGCAGUCAUGUUGGACCUUAGGCAUUGCAGUUUUAGUUUCUGCAACGUACUAUGUAAUGCCCCAUUGAUGUUCCCUUGGUGCUUGCGUUCUCGAAUCUUAAGAUUGUAUGAGAUCUCAAGUCUAUUCAUAUUGGUAAUUAACUGUCAUAUUAAUAAUUCUCCUC